UAUGUCUGAUGCAAUUUAUAUAUAGAGAGAAAGAAAACAGAGAGUGACAAUAGUGAUAUAGAAGAAGGAAGAUACAUAACAUGGAGAAUGAAUCUAUCUCUGAGCUUCUUUGUCAAGAAAGUGAGACUCGUCUUGAGGAACAAGAAUUGGGAGAUGAUGAGGCCAUAAGAAAUGGUUUUGGGGAUUUAGAUAGAGAAGAAGAGUAUGUGGAAAUGUUAGUUGAGAAAGAGAUCAGUUUUAGUAAGUCCAAAGAGGAUCAAUCGUUGAGUACUUUUGACAACUGGGUCAAAUUUGCUAGAUUGGAAGCCAUUACUUGGAUCCUAAAAAACAGAGCAAUCUUUGGUUUUGGCUUCCAAACAGCUUACUUGUCAAUUACAUACUUCGAUCGAUUUCUUUCAAGAAGGUCUAUUGAUAGGGAGAAAUCAUGGGCAGUUAAAUUGCUAUCGGUGGCAUGUCUUUCUUUGGCAGCAAAAAUGGAGGAGAUAAAAGUGCCUCCGUUAUCAAAUUUUCAGAUUGAAGAAUACAAUUUUGAAAGCAAAGUGAUUCAAAGAAUGGAGCUUUUGGUAUUAAACACAUUGGAAUGGAGAAUGAUUUCUUCUACUCCUUUCGCUUUUCUGCAUUACUUCAUCAUUAAAUUCAGUAAGGAGCCUCCACCGUCACGGCAUUUGGUAUCAAGGACCGUAGGACUCAUCUUCGCAGUGGUGAAAGAGAUCACUUCGAUGGAGCAUAGACCAUCUGUUAUAGCAGCUGCAGCAGCUUUGAUGUCAUUGGAUCGAAAUCUGAUAAGGAAAGCAUUAGAGUGUAAGAUCGAUUCCAUUUCUCCAUCUGGGUUUCUUGAAAUUGAAGAUGUGUUUCAAUGCUACAGUCUGAUGCAAAAAUUGGAAAUGGAGAAGCAUGGGACACCAACAUUUGUAAAUUCAGAUGUCUGGCCUACCCAAUUCAGGCCAAUGAGUGUUUUAGAGAAUUCUUCAGUUACUUCUGCUAUUAGCAGUAAAAGAAAACGACUUGCAUUCAGUGAUUCUGAUCAAAAUUAUGGUUUACCUGAUCAAAAGCGGCACCGAUAGAGAAAAUUUUGAAGGUUUUGCCUAGAGGUUUAGUCAUUGCAUAUAAAGGAUUAUAUGUUUUGUUUGAGCGUAUUUCCAUUAUUAAUUCAUGGAUAUGGUUUUGGAGUUGAUUGAAACUGUCUCCUCAAGGAACAACCUUACAGAGGAGAAAAGGAGAGAGAGAAAAAUAAAAAGGGAAGCUUUGGGCUACAUUUAAAAGCUGAUCGUCAAUAGACCAAUGCCACCAGGUGGAAAAGAAUACAGGCCUGAAAGAGAGGUUGCUUGUACAACAGUCAAUUCAUAUGCUUACUCAUAUCUUCAAUUCUUUUUUCUUUUUCUGAAAUUUCUUUCAUUAGUUUCUUUUCAACUUUCCUUCUGGGUUUGUGUCUUGCUACCCUACUUGUUGAUGGCGCGCUUUCUUGUGUCUUUAGAAAGGCUGAUGAUAGAUAUAUAUUGUGGACUGAGAUGGGAAAGAAAAGAGAAGGGACUCUGUUUUUCUGUUGGUGUGAUUUGAUAAGCCUCUGCUGCAUGUUGGCCAUCCAAAUAGUAUUAUAAAGGGUGAACGUGAUUGGAUUUGUUUGACUGUU